UCCAUAGAGGGCUAGCUUCACUUUCUGUUGAAUAUAUUACAGCCUUUUUACUCUCAUACAUUCACAUCCUUUCCAUAAGUAAGUUUUUUCUUGACUAAGAGAUAUGGUAAAUAUUGCUGCGAAUUAGUAUUGACGGCUGCUAAUAGCUAACGUUAGCUAACUAGAAUCAACAUCAGUCCGCUGAAACGAGACAGGAGGAGUGCAGACAUUCACAAGCAGACUGCUGAUUUCUAAAUUCUUAUCAUUGAUGAAGGAUGAGCGCUGGUCGGACUGUUGAGGGUGCGGGAUGUGUGACCUGGUGGGGAUUUGGACCAGCUCGAGACCUGCUGAACACAGACACACACAGAGUGCGGCCACAUGGAGAGCUGAAUGUUUUGCUGGUGGGUAGUGGAGACCCCAGACACAUCCUGAAGACUAUCACUGGACUCACACACUCUGAUACACUACAUGUUUGGGUGAUUGAGAACAGUAUGGAGGUUGUUGCCAGACAACUAUUACUACUGUAUUUAUCACUUCUGCCCCCUGAUAAGAUGAGUGUGCACAAGAAGACUGAAGUGUUUCUGGAGGUGUUUGGAAACUCAGAGAUCCGCAAAGAGACAGAAGAGAGUGUAAAACAGGCCGCAGCUCAGCUCUCCAUCUCCAUCACUGACUCUCUGUCCACAGACUCUCUCAGUCACUCCUGCCUCGACACCAGCUUACUGAAGUUUAAGGAGAGAGAUGAGCUGGUGCGGAUCUUUAAGCUGUGGGAAAGGCCUCCGUCAGCUCCAGGCAGUGUUAGUAAAAUGUGGGACGCUCGUGUUCGGCAGCAUCUGGGCUCUCGAUACGACUCUCGACAGGGAGCUUUCGACUAUGAUCUCAACAUGAAGCUACAUCAGAAAGGAUGUGGCGUCAUCAACAAACAUCAGUAUGCCAAAUGGAGAGAAACGGGCGUGGCCUUUGAGAUGAGGGAGGGGCUUUACCAAACAGCCAAUCAGAGUCUGCUUUCAACUCGAGUCUUCAACCAUAGAGGAAAUGGGGUUGCUUUACGAGGAUACUGGGGCGACAUCGUCUCCAGCCCAUAUCUGUCCUUCGGCAUUGAGACAGAAAACAAAGAGCUGCUGAAGAAACAGAAUAAUCAUUAUGUGAAGACGGCUCAGGAUAUUUCUGAAGUGAAUGUGCUGGAGUUGUUUGAGUGUCUCGCCACUAGAGGGAGAUCUCCACCAAAUGAAGAUCCACCAAACACCUCCGGUUCCUGCUCUCAAUCCACAGAUAGUCUCAUAACUCAAAACUCACAGAAUGAUCCAUCUGCUUCUCAAACUCAACCUGAGGAACAUCCAGCACAACAGACACCAGAGCUUGAUUUGCUGAACGUGAAUGGAGUGAAAGUGUCAUUUCUGUCUCCAGACUCACUCUGCAAACCUCCUCUCAAACACAAAUACAAGAACCUGUUUAACACCAUCUUCUGCUCAGCAAGUAUGGUUCAUCAGCUGGAUUCUGCUCUGAGAGAGAUCACAGCGCCUGAUGCUGUUCUGGUUAUAGAGUUAGCAACCUUCCUACUGGAUCUUUCAAAAGAGCAAGUGUCUGUUUUUUCUGACAGAGUGAAGGAGAUGGCUGAAGAAUCAGGAUUUCUUCCAGCGCACAACCGCUGGCAGUGACAUAUAUGCAGUAUUCACACAGAAAAAGGAAUGAUGGUACAUUUUAUAUACCUCAUUCAAAAAUGU